AUGGUUGUUGAUGGAAGUUUCCUUAAAGCAGCAUAUAAGGGUACCAUAUUGACUUCUUGCACACAGGAUGGAGCUGUUGGAAAAAUCCUUCCACUUGCAUAUGCAAUUGUAGAUUCAGAGAAUAACAAAUCUUGGGAGCGGUUCUUUGUCCAGAUAAAGGGUACUUUUGGUGUUAGGGAAGGGAUCUGUAUAGUUUCAGAUAGAAACGAAAGCAUCUUCAAUGCUACAAAAGCUGUGUACCCAGAAGUACCACAUUGUAUUUGCAUGUUUCACUUGUGGCAGAAUGUAAAGCGCACAUUCAAAAAACAUCACAAACAAUUGAAGGAUAUCUUCUUUGCUUUGGUUAGAGCUUACACGAUAGAGAAGUUUGACUACCAUAUGACAGAGAUGUGCAAAAUUGAUCCGAGGGUGCAGCCUUACUUUUUCGAAAUUGGCUACAAACUCCAAAGUGAAAAGUGGAACAACAAAAACAGAAAAAGUGCAAUGGAGACAUCUACAAAGCUUGGCGAAAAGUACGACAAACUCCUUCGGGAAAAUUUGAUUGCAUCGGAUCAAAUGACGGUAAAAGAAUCAAAUAUAAUGAUGUUUGGCACUGCUGACUCGCAUUUUACUGCUUGUAUAAGGAUGUAUAACUCUGUGGGGCCUGCUACGAAGCACUUAUAUACUGUGUUUGAAGGGGUAAGGCGAAACAUAAUGUGCCUUGAAGAGGGAACAUGCAGUUGUGGAAAAUUUCAAAUGGAUGAACUUCCAUAUCCGCAUGCUUGGGUGGUUUUGAAGAACCAGCAGCUGAAACCUGGCCAGUAUUGCUCUUUUUGCUACAAGAAGGAUAACCUCCUUAGAACUUAUGAAUUUCCAGUAAAUCCGAUGCCAAAUGAGAGUUUAUGGGUAAUCCUUACAGAGGUGUUGGAAGAUGUGGUCCUACCACCUAAAGGGAGAAGGAAUGCAGGAAGGCCAAGAAAGGAAAGACUCAAACCUGCUUCAGAGAAAGAGUCUAAGAGGGCGUUUUCAUGUUCUGUGUGUGGACAAGGUGGUCACAACAGAAAAACAUGUAGGAAUCGACCAAAAUAA